AUGGCCAGUGGCUCUAUGAAGCGGUCCUCGUCCACUGUGGCUGACCAGAGGGUGAAUGGCCUGUGGCAGGAGGAGAAGAAGAGUCCUGAUAGACUGUACAGACCACGCCACAAGAGCUACAAGGCUGCCGGUUAGUCUCCACUCUCCACUCACGUGACCUCUCUUCUUAUCAGUCCCACUGGCAUGAUGAGUGAUGAGGGGUGUUAUUAGUGUGUGGUUAUUGUAUGCUUAAAGAGUUAUUCUUCCCUACAUUUUCCAUUUCUUUUUUAUGUCUUUAUCCUAAGUGCAUCAAUGAUGAUCCACUUGUCAACAUACUAUUUACUGAUCUACAGUGUACUGAUAACGUUACCUUUUACUGAUCUACAGUGUACUGAUAACGUUACUGUUUACUGAUCUACAGUGUACUGAUAACGUUACUAUUUACUGAUCUACGUUACUGUAGGCUAAUUGUUCGAUUUAUGGGCGUAAGCAUGUAGCCUCAAUCCUGUCCUUUGAUCAUACCCACUCUCUUUAUCUGUUGCUGUCCCUCUCUGUCCCCCUCUCUCUUUAUCUGUUGCUGUCCCUCUCUGUCCCCCUCUCUCUUUAUCUGUUGCUGUCCCUCUCUGUCCCCCUCUCUCUUUAUCUGUUGCUGUCCCUCUCUGUCCCCCUCUCUCUUUAUCUGUUGCUGUCCCUCUCUGUCCCCCUCUCUCUUUAUCUGUUGCUGUUCCUCUCUGUCCCCCUCUCUCUUUAUCUGUUGCUGUCCCUCUCUGUCCCCCUCUCUCUUUAUCUGUUGCUGUCCCUCUCUGUCCCCCUCUCUCUUUAUCUGUUGCUGUUCCUCUCUGUCCCCCUCUCUCUUGAUCUGUUGCUGUCCCUCUCUGUCCCCCUCUCUCUUUAUCUGUUGCUGUCCCUCUCUGUCCUCCUCUCUCUGUGCUCCUUGCCAUGGUCUUCCUCUUCCUCAUCCAGUGUCGCGGUCAGAAAGGAAGAGGCAGUUGGACACGGAGAAGGAGCGCGGAAGGUCUAAAGAGCGCCGCCACCUCCUCUCCCCAGACACGUCCCGCUGUACCUCCGAGGAGAGGAGCCUGCAGCCCUCACGCUCCCCUAGCCGGGCGCGCACACAUCACAUGGACAAACAGGUAGGCCACACACACACACACACACACACACACACACACACACACACACACACACACACACACACACAGGAUGCUUUACCAAGGGAACAUAUUAAAGACCCAUACACCAUUAGUCACCGCUGAAGCCACAAACACUUGUUUAGACCAUCUAGACCACAAACACAUACCCACAUUUGAAGAACUGGUAGGCCACAUACACACUUUUAAAAAAGGCAGUCAGACAUCUGUAUUAAAUGUGUUUCCACUCCUGUGUCCAGGGCAACAGCUCCGACAGCCCCAUCCCCACCUCUGAAUCUAGUACACCUAGCCGCCGCCCCCUGUCCCAGACCCCAACGCGCUCCCAUCCCCACAUCUCCUACUCCCCUCUGGUGUGUCGCACGCACCCUCCCUCAGGGGACGAUGAUGACGACAGGGGCAGCCCAGAGACUCAAAGGCGGGGGGAGGCCUCCAGAGAGGGGGCAGGGGGAGAGGGACAGAGCGGGGCGAGGGGCCGUCGCCACCAGCAGGGCUCCCCUCCGCGUCGCUACCCGUCGGAGCCCUACCUGGCCCUGCAGGAGGAUGAGCACAGUCUGGACCCCACCGGGUUCAUGGAGACGCUGACUUUCGAGGCGGCAGUGGCCACCAGCCUGGGACGUGCUAACACGGUCAGCUCCACAUCCAGCUCCACCUUCAGUUCCGCUCGACGGGGCUCCAGGAGCGGCUGGCAGGUCCCCAAUGGACACUUCCGGAAACGCCUGGCUCAGACCGUCUCUGUUGCGGGCUGUGAGCCACUCAGCGACACAGAAGAGGACGACCGCUGCUAG